GGCCGGGGAGCGCGGGGCCGCGGGACUCUGCGUGCUGCGCCCGGCCCACCAUGCUCCUCUACCGCAGCGCCGCGUGGUUCGCCAAGGGGCUGCGCGAAUACACCAAGAGUGGCUAUGAGUCUGCAUCCAAGGACUUUGUCCCUGAUGACUUGGAGGUUCAAGUUCCCGGAAGAGCCUUCAUGGUCACCGGGGGGAACAGCGGCAUCAGAAAAGCAACUGCCAUGGAGAUCGCCAAGCGAGGUGGCACAGUUCACCUGGUUUGUCGAGAUCACAGCCGAGCGGAAGGUGCCAGAGCUGAGAUCAUCGAGGAGAGCGGGAACCAGAACAUCUUUCUGCAUAUUGUGGACCUGUCUGUUCCCAAGUCAAUCUGGAAAUUUGUUGAAAAUUUCAAGCAGGAACAUACCCUCAAUGUCUUGAUCAAUAAUGCAGGUUGCAUGGUCAAUAAGAGGGAGCUCACGGAAGACGGACUCGAAAAAAACUUUGCUACCAACACUCUGGGUGUGUAUGUUCUCACAACCGCCCUGAUCCCUGUCUUGGAGAAAGAACACGACCCCAGAGUGAUAACUGUGUCCUCCGGAGGAAUGUUAGUUCAGAAACUGAACACCGAUGACCUGCAGUCAGAAAGAACAGCGUUCGAUGGCACCAUGGUCUACGCACAGAACAAAAGGCAGCAGGUGGUUCUGACGGAGCGGUGGGCCCGAGCGCACCCGGCCAUCCACUUCUCAUGCAUGCAUCCCGGCUGGGUCGACACCCCAGGUGUACGGCUAUCGAUGCCUGGCUUCCACGCCAGGAUGGGGGCCAGGCUGCGCUCUGAGGCCCAGGGCGCGGACACGGUGGUAUGGCUGGCCCUUGCUCCCGCUGCCACCGCCCAGCCCAGCGGCUGCUUCUUCCAAGACCGGAAACCGGCGCCCACACACUUGCCUCUUGCGAGGACGUCGUCCUCACCGGCCGAAGAGGAGAAACUCGUUGAGAUCUUGGAAGAGCUGGCUUGGAGAUUUAAAUAGCCCAGACUAGACCCAACACGGGGCCGGAAGUGCCUCAGAAAAUACGGCAAGGUGCGGACCAGCGGCCAGCGAGGAGACCCCACUGCGCCUUCCCCGCCGUACACCGGCCCAUCUUCCACGGCUGCGCUUUGAGCUGGUUUCCUCUCCAUCAGGAGUCACAGAAAUUAGUCCCGUCCUUUAUAUACAAACCCUAGUACUGAAAGCUUGACUCACCACCGCCUCAUGGGACUGCAGCUGGGUUAACUUACCCUCUGGGGGCCUCAUUUUCCCUGUCAGCAGAGAUUAGAGUGCUCCCUACCUCACGGGGUGGUUGUAACGAUUCAGUGAGUUACCACUUGUAAUGCUCUUAGCAGAAUGCCCGGUGCGUCAUAAAGACUUGAUACGUGUUAGCUACUAACAUCAGCAUUUAACUGACAAGUGUGCUAAAAUUCAUGGGGGAAAAAAAAACCCUAAAGAUUACCCCCUGUAGCAAUGAGUCCAGGAUGGAAACUUUUAUUUUAAAAUACAUACGAUUGCAGCUGAG